AUGUCUUUCAAGACCCUCUUCGCAAUCACUUCGCUCGUCACAACGCUCUCUGGCACUUAUGCGGCGCUCACCCGCCGUGUCAGCUGUCCUGAUGGCGUUAACACCGCGACGAACGAGGCCUGCUGUGCAUUCUUCGCUCUUCGUGAUGACCUCCAGAGCAAUCUGUUUGAAAAUGAAUGCGGUGAAGAGGUCCGUGGAGCUCUCCGUCUCACCUUCCACGACGGUAUUGCAUUCUCGCCAACUCUCGGUGGCGGCGGAGCCGAUGGCUCGAUCCUCACAUUUUCUGACACCGAGUUGACGUUCGCCGCCAACGGUGGUAACGGCGGUGUCGAAGAUUUCGUCACUACAAUGGUGCCUUUCCUCUCAAGGCACAAUGUUUCUGCUGGUGACUUGGUUCACUUUGCUGGCGCACUUGGCAUCACGAACUGCGAAGGUACACCCAGAGUUCAGUUCUUCGCGGGUCGCCCGAAUGCUGUUGCCGCAGCUCCUGAUGGUCUCGUUUCUCAACCAGGAGACCCUAUUGACACUAUCAUUGAACGCUUCGCCGACGCCGGUUUCAGUACAGACGAACUUGUCUCUUUACUCGCAUCUCACUCGAUUAGCGCUGCUGACACGAUUACCGGAGCGAACCGAGGAGCGCCAUUCGACAGUACAAAUCACGUUUUCGACAGUCAAUUCUUCAUCGAGACGCGCCUGCAUUCCGCGGUUCCUGGAGAGGGUCGCCUUCCGUCCGACGUGGCGAUUGCUCGUGACGACCGUACAUCAUGCUUGUGGCAGAGCUUCAUUACUGACGAGGAUGCGAUGCGAAAUGCCUUCGGUGCCGGAUUGACCAAGCUUUCGCUCACUGGCCAAGACGUAUCGCAGCUCGUUGACUGCUCAGAACUCAUUCCUCAACCCGCGGCCCAUGUUCCGGACCCGUUCUUCCCUGGAACUGCAACUAUCACCGAUGUCGAUGCAGCGUGCACACAGACGCCCUUCCCUGCUCUCACGCAGAACCCAGCCGUCACGAGCGUCGCUCACGUCAACGAGUUCUAG